ACCACCUUAAAUCAAACAAAUCAUUUCUAUCUCGUCUCUCCUUAACCAAAACUCUUACUACACCGUCAAACAAUGGCAACCCCAUUUACUUGUUUUUGUUCUGCUCCACUUCCAUCAUCAUCUAAUCGGGUCAACCCGAACUCGACCCGACAAAAACCAACAACCGGGUCAUCAUCCUCCUGGUGGACCCCACUCUUUGGCUGGUCCUCCGACCCCGACUAUAUCGAAACCGGGCAGCCAUCCAAGGAGGACACGGUUUCGGGUCAGAAAUCGGAUCAAGAAACGGGUCGGGUCAGAUCCAAGUUCCAACCCGGAUGUUUUACGGAAGAUAAAGCGAAAGAGUUAAGAAAAAUGACGAUUGAGAGUUAUAAUUUCCAUGAUAAAAUGUAUCAUUCUGCAAUUGCAUCUCGUCUUGCUUCGGAUGUUUCGGGUCGGUGACAAGGUCGAGUUAGGUGGUCGGAUUUUGUUGGUCCUUUUUUAUGUUACCAAAUCAAUCUGUCGACUUGAAAAUUGUCUUUUUUUUUUUUUUUUUGGUUUCUAGUUUUUGUGAAAUAAAGAUCUGACGAUAGUUUCAAGCUUUUUGUAAGGGUUGUUGGUCUUUUUUUAUGUUGCCAAAUCAAUCUAUUGUUUUCCUUUUUUUUUGUGUUUUAGUUUUUUGUGAAAUAAAGAUCUGAUAAUAGUUUCGAGGUUUCAGAGGUUUUUGUAAGGGUUGUUGUUUUCGUACUACUAUUUGCUUGACGGAAGCUAAAAGCAAAAAUGUAUGAUCUGAUUUAGAUAUUAUGAUGGUUAUGGAAUGUCGAUUAUUAUUGUUGGUUC